UUCUACAGUGUUAAAAUGUGGUUUGACAAGUUCGUGUUUUGUGCGUUUAUGGUCGCAUGGACCAUUGCCGAGCAGAAUAUUCAGUUAGAAAUUCCUCAGGGAUUUUUAAAGGGUCUAAAAGCCAAUACCGUUUUACAGAACAAACCGUACUAUAGUUUCAAAGGAAUACCUUACGCGAAACCGAAUGUCGGUAUUCAUAAAUUCCAGAUGCCUGAAUCAGCUAAUGGCUGGGAAGGCACGUAUGACGCAACUUAUCAUCGUUCGGCUUGUCCAUUCUUCUGUAUGAUAAAACAAGACAUGAUUGGCGAAGAGGAUUGUCUGUAUCUUAAUGUUUAUACACCGGUGUUGGACAAAGAUGCUCGUAAGGCCGUUAUGGUAUGGUUCCAUGGCGGUGGUUUUAACGGUGGUCUCGGAGACGAUCUCUUCUAUGGCCCUGACUUUUUAAUCGAGCAAGAUGUUAUUCUUGUAACGCUUAAUUAUAGACUCGGUCCAAUUGGAUUCUUGAAUACUGGUGACAAAAAUGCACUUGGCAACGCCGGACUAAAGGAUCAAGUAAUGGCGCUUAAAUGGGUCAAGGACAAUAUACAUUAUUUCGGCGGUUGUCCUAAUCGAGUUACGAUUUUCGGCGAAGACGCGGGUGCAAGUUCCGUCCAGUUCCAUAUGAUGUCUCCUAUGUCGGACGGUCUAUUCAAUGGUGCCAUUCAGCAGAGCGGAAGCGCGGUGAAUACGUGGGCAAUUUCUUACAAUCCUAGGGAAUUUGCCUUCAAAUUGGGAGAUAAGCUCGAUAUUGAGACGGAUGAUUCUGCCGAGUUGGUUUCUAAACUCGCGGAAUUUUCUCCGAAAGAAUUAAUUGCGGCUAGCAAUGAAGUAAUGAAGACCGAAAACACUAUGAACGGCCGCUUCGCAGCGUUUCUUCCAUCGGUUGAAGUUGAUCUAGGACAAGAGAUAUUUCUGCCCGACGAUCCUUGGACGCUUCUGAAAUCCGGAAAAAUUGCCAACGUGCCCGUUAUGGCUGGAAUUACGGCCGAUGAGUCCGCUUUCUUCGUGCAGAUGAUGCUUGGCAAUAUCGAUCAGAUGAAUGAGCAUUUCGAGAACUUUCUGCCGGUCGACUUGAACGUAACCGAUGCCGGGCAGAAGAACGAACUAGGUGAAAGCCUGAAGAGCUUUUACUUCGGGGAUAAGUCGAUCUCCACGGAAACGACGAAAGAGUUCAUGAUGAUGUUGGACGACAUCAUGUUUGACGCCGCAACCGCACUCAGUUUAGAUAUAUUAAGCUCCCGAAUUUCGACUCCAAUUUACGAGUAUAUAUUUUCUUACGAAGCUCCAUUCGGUAUGAUGAAAACUAUGUUUCAAGUAGAGGAUGGCGUUGCUCAUGGUGAUGAUAUGACAUAUGAGUUUUAUUCGGAUGCUUUGAAAAAUGUGCCACAACCCGGUUCGCCUGCGGAGAAGAUGAUGCGUAUUUUUACCACAUUACUGGCAAAUUUUGCAAAAGACGGGAAUCCUACAUCAAAUUUGAAUGAGUAUGUAACUGUUAACUGGGAACCCAGAGGUAAAGAAGAUAACUAUAUGAAUAUCAAUCAAGAGUUAAAAAUGCAGAAAGGUUUCAUGCAAAAUAGAAUAAACUUUUGGACGAAUUUGUACAAAAAUGUUCUUGGUUAAAUAUAUAUAUAUAUAUA